AGAAAUGCAAAUUUGCAGUGGCAUAGACCUGUCCUGUUAGUCUCUGAGACUAUAAAGUCACUCACACAGCACACACCCAUCUAGUCAAAACAUCAAACAGAAUCACAAACGAUGCAGAAAGUUUCUCUUCAUGUGAUAUUCCUGCUUUGUUGCAUCCUGUUAUAUGUAGUGAUUUGGAAGAAGAUUCCUGGAAAAUGGGUUAGUUUCCAAAAAGUAUAUAAUUCUACACUGAAUUCAAGAAUCCUUUGGGGAAAUGGAUAUGGGACCACUGAAGAAGUUACAGAAGCAAUUUUAACUGAGUCUAUAAAUAUGUCUUCAAGACAAAAUGCGAUAAGUAUGGCAAAAGAGGUUCUGGAUACACUGCAUCAAGAUAAAAUGCAUCACUCAGCGAUCUCCAGCAGCUACAAGCAUACAGAAAAUCUAACUGUUCUUCCACUGCUUUACAAACAUUAUUUUACAAAGAUGCCAAAGUGGGACUUUGAGGAUGUUUAUAUGCAGAAUAGUAAUGAAAGGCUGGUUUGUUCUAAGUCACUUCAUAACUCCAAAGAUAAAACAUUUCAGGCAGCAGUUAUCCAAAACAUACAGCUUUGGCUGCAUAAAGGCCUCUUAAAUAUCAGUGAAUGGAAUCGACUGGCACACUUCAACAACCCCUUUGGAUUCAUGGGAUACAACUAUACUGACAUAAAACCAUCUGUAGAUUUGAUCCCGAAGCCUAUGUCCUAUCAGCUGCUGCCAGUGCCUGAAAGUGCGGAUGAUGGCUGCAUUCGCUGUGCUGUAGUGGGCACUGGGGGAAUUCUGAAUGGCUCAAAAAUGGGCAAAGAGAUUGAUUCCCAUCCUUAUGUGAUUCGAGUGAAUGGAGCUGUCAUCAAAGGAUAUGAGGAGGAUGUUGGAAGUAGAACCUCAGUGUAUGUGCAUACAUCCUUCUCCUUAGAACAAUCCACUUAUCUGUUGAGAACACGUGGUUUCAAGAAUGCACCAAGCGAUGAGGGAAUUAAAUAUUUAAUGAUUCCAGAAGGUCUAAGAGACUUUGAAUGGAUUCAAGGCCUGAUUAAUAAAAAGAGGCUGUCAAAGGGCUCAUACUCUGGCUUAAGGCCAUUAGAUUUCUACAGUGGGUGGUUUAAGGAGGAUAGAUUUUAUGUACUUCAUCCGGAUUUUUUAAGAUAUGUUCGGAACAGAUUCUUACAAUCCAAAAGUCUGGAUAAAGAUUAUUGGCGUAUUUACAGACCCACCAAUGGAGCAUUUGCAAUAUUCUUGGCUCUUCACACCUGUGAUAUUGUGAAUGUCUAUGGAUUCAUCACUGAAGACUAUGAUAAGUACUCCAACUACUACUAUGAAACAACAAAAAACAAAGUUAUUUUCUAUAUUAACCAUGACUAUAACCUAGAGAUUAAAACAUGGAAAAAAUUGCAUGAAUCUGGAAUCAUUAACCUUUACCAAAGAAAUUAA